UAUGAGGACUUUGACCAGUUCACGCAGAAGUCAGCGGCUUUAGUUGACAUCUGAUUUGAUUUGGAAAUCUCUCUGAAUUACAUCUUGUUCUCUACGUCCUCUGUUUUUCUUUUUUUUCUCCACACGAUGGAUCUGUCAUCUCUGAGAGAGCGUGCAGGCGAAAAAGAAAUCGUAAAAGUCCCGGGACCGACUUUGACCUUCCAGAACAUCUCUUAUGUUGUGAGAGAGAGCCGGGGGCCUUGCCGUAAGAGAGCACCUGAGAGAGAGAUCCUGAAAGAUGUCAGUGGCAUCAUGAAGACGGGACUGAACGCCAUCAUGGGUGCGACAGGGAGCGGAAAAACCUCGCUUUUAGAUGUGAUCGCGGGCAGGAAGGAUCCUCGUGGUUUGCGUUCAGGUCAGGUCUUGGUGGAUAAUAAAGUCGUGACUUCUGAACUACGUCUCAUCUCAGCUUACGUUGUUCAGGACGACAUUCUGAUGGGAACCCUGUCCGUGAGAGAGAACCUGAUGUUCUCCGGACUCUUGCGCUUUCCACGCCAUCAGUACACUACUGCUGAGAUAAAGAAGAAAGUGGUGAGCGUUAUCGGAGAACUGGGCCUGCAGGACUGCGCAGACACCAAGAUCGGGACUGAGUUUCUGAGAGGUGUUUCUGGUGGAGAGAGAAAGCGCUGCAGCAUAGGAAUGGAGCUCAUGACGUGUCCGACGCUCCUGUUCCUGGACGAGCCGACCAGCGGACUCGACUCCAACACAGCCAACAGCAUCAUAGCUCUGCUGCACAGACUGUCCCGGAGCGGCACCACCAUCAUUUUCUCCAUCCACCAGCCGCGUUAUUCCAUCUUUAGACUGUUCGACCACCUGACUCUGAUGUACAAAGGAGAAUGUGUCUACACCGGUCCUGCUAAUGAUGCUGUUCGCUACUUUAAUGACAUAGGCUAUGAGUGUGAGCCUUUCAACAAUCCUGCAGAUUUCUUCCUGGACAUCACAAACGGAGAAGUUUCCCCUUCAGUGAUAACAGAUAAAUCACUGGCAGAGCUUUAUAGAAAUACCAGGGAUUUUGCUGAACUCACAGAGGAACUGAAACAAAUCACCGUCCAGUCAGAUUAUAUAACCACAUCGAAAAGAUCAACCCCAUCUUAUGUGACACCGUUCCUCUAUCAGUUAAACAUGGUGUCCAGGAGAACGGCUCUGAACUUGUUGAGGAAUCCUCAGACCUCCUAUGCACAGACGGCUCUGAACAUCCUGUUUGGAUUGAUGGUGGGACUCAUUUACUUUCAGAUGCCUCACACGUUACCCGAGGGCCUGCAGAACAGAACUGGAGCGUUCUUCUUCCUCAUCAUCAAUAUGGUGUUUGCGAACCUGUCAGCAGUGGAGCUCUUUAUUAAUGAGAGAGUGCUGUUUGUGCAUGAGAACUCGAGCGGUUAUUACCGAACCUCUGUGUACUUCCUGUCUAAAGUGUUUGUAGAUUUAAUACCAAACCGUCUGAUUCCUAUCUUUGUCUUCUCUGUGAUCUCCUACUACAUGAUGGGGCUGAAGCCAGCGUUUGUGGCGUUUCUGUGUUUUACACUGACCAUGUCUCUGGUGAGUCUGGCGGCGGUCAGCCUGGCGUUCCUGGUCAGUGCCAGUGUGAGCUCCUUCGCCAUGGCCAACGCUCUCAUCGCAUUGCCCUUUGUCUUUAUGAUGGUAUUCGGCGGCUUCCUGGUGAAUCUCAACUCCAUGCUGAGCUGGUUGUCCUGGCUCAAGUGGAUCAGUAUCUUCCGAUACGGACUGAAUGCGAUAACCAUCAAUGAAAUGACAGGACAGGUGUUUUACACUAACAAUACCAGUUUUCCAGGAGAGCUGUAUCUUCAGGCUCAGAGAAUCAACUACAGCACUUGGGGCUUCUGGCAGAAUCAUGUGGCUCUGCUGGGGAUCACGCUGGUGUGUAUGACGCUGGCCUACGUGCAGCUCCUCAGGAUUAAUCGCUGGAAGUGACGGAAUCACAACACCACGAGGAAAAGUAGAAAUACAUCUGUUAUAUCUUUUAACCAAAGAAAUUGCGAAUCAUUGAAUCUUCUCAUCUUCAUCUGCUGUUCUGGUGACGAGCAACAACGUGACAUUUUUAAACAAUCAGUUUACAUCCUUUUCAACGAACUUGUAUUUUAUGCAUUUAUUACUGCUAAAACUUUAACAAUAAGGAAUUACCAUUAGGUUUGAUGUUCCCCCUUUUUUACUUUAAUUGUAAUU